GCCAGCGAGGUGCGGCUGGCGAUGAAAGCCGCGAGAACCGAUCGCGGCACGUCGGUGAUGAAAUCAGUGUCCGAGGGCGAGCUGGGCGUGGAGGAAGAGGUUAAACCCGCGGAGCCGCGCGGCGCCACGCGGCUCAAGCGCACCUUUACACUGCCGAGAAACCCGUUUCAAAGUACCAGCAGCAGGAUGUCGCGGCGACGUCCGAAGCAGCAACAGCAGCAGACCCACGGGGACUCGAGGGACGCGAACAACGGCGCGCCGAGCGCCAGAGAGAACAACGCCAGGAACAACAACGCUCGUCACGCGGACGGCGGCGUGCAGCCGCCGUCGUCGCAGCAGCAGCGGCAGAGCGCGACGGGGCGGCUGCAUGGCGGUCACCAGGGCGGCCAGCAGACCGGCGGCGGCGGCGGCGGCAAUCAGGACUGCCAGGAGCGGCCGUGCGGCAAGAAGGUGUUCCGCCGGCCCUCCUGGAAGAAGUUCAUCAACAAGAUGGUGCGGCACAUGUCGAACGUGGGCGCCCAGAGCCACAAGUCCGCCGCGAUGAUCCAUCAUCAGCGUUGCAGCGGCGGCGGCGGCAGCGACGAUCUCGGCUCGAGCGCGGGCGACAUCAGGGUACCGCCGCCGCGACCGGCGCACAUACCGCCCGAUCGUGUGCCGGGUGUCAUAGGCCUACGCAAUCACGGCAACACGUGCUUCAUGAACGCCGUGCUGCAGUGCCUCUCGCACACCGACAUCCUCGCCGAGUACUUCGUCCUCGACCAGUACAAGGUCGACCUGUCGCGCCGCAACAAGCUCAACUCGAAGAAGUAUGGCACCAAGGGCGAGAUCACCGAGCAGCUCGCGCUGCUCCUCAAGGCGAUCUGGAGCUGCCAGUACGACCCGGAGAUGAGCACCGCGUUCAAGAGCGUCGUCGACAAGUACGGCAGCCAGUACCGCGGCAAUCUGCAGCACGACGCCCAGGAGUUCCUCCUCUGGCUGCUCGACAAGGUGCACGAGGAUCUCAAUCAGGCGACCAAGAAGAAGUACAAGAUCAUAAAGAACUCAUUCGGCAGACCCGACGACAUCGUCGCCGCUGAAACGCUUGCGAAUCACGUGCGGUGUAACAACUCCUUCGUACACGCCGUAUUUCAAGCGCAGUUCCGGUCUAGUCUGACUUGUCCGAGAUGCCACCGGCAGUCGAACACCUUCGACCCCUUCCUGUGCGUGUCGGUGCCGGUGCCGCAGAAUCAUCGGCAGAUGAAUCUCUACGUGAACGUUCUCUACACAUCGCAGCAGCCGCGGCAGGUCAAGAUCGGCGUGAGCGUGAAUCAGGCGGCCAACGUGAGGGAGCUCCGAGAAAUCCUGGCCAGCGACACCGGGGUAGACGAGAAUCACAUGCUACUGACCGAGAUCCACGACGAAGGAUUUCACAGAACCUUCUCCGACUGUCAGCCUCUAUCCGUGAUUAUGGAAAACGAUCCGCUUUACUGCAUUGAGCUGCCCCAAUUGAAGGAGCCUACGGAGCAAGCGUAUAUCUUGUUGGUUUGGAUCAACGUUCUCGUGAAGGGGGAUCUCAGGCAACGUUUCGGCAGCCCGUACACGAUGCAGGUGUCACGCGAGACUUCCUACGAGGAUCUGCAGAAGCUUCUGCUGAAGGAGAUGCACAGCACGCUGGCGGAUGACGUUCUUACAACCAGCCAAAGCCCGGGGCUCUUCAAUAUCCGCGUGGCGGAUCCGGCGGCGACGCCGAUUCAGGACGAGCAUCCCUGUAUCGAUCCCUGCGUGGAGCAUCCGCUUUACACGGAGCAGAUCGAGCAGGCGUUGGCACUUUGCGCCGACGACUCGGGUCCGCAACAUGUGAAGCUGAUACUCGAGUGGGACGAGGCCACCAAAUGCAAUAUUAUACAGGACGACAGCGACCAGAUCGAGGAGCACGCCAGCGUGAAGCAGUUAAAAACCAAUUCCGAACUGGGCGGCGCGGUCACCCUGGAGGAAUGUUUCGAUCUGUACACGCGGGCGGAGAUACUGGGCGCGGAGGACGCGUGGCACUGUCCCUACUGCAACAAGAAGCAAGAAGUUGUAAAAAAGCUGGGUCUCUGGUCGUUGCCCGACAUAUUGGUUAUACACUUGAAAAGAUUUCGUCAGCAGUCCAAGCAACGGUCCACGUCCAAGCUGACGAUGCUGGUGGACUUUCCCUUGUACGGCUUCGACAUGACGCCACAUCUCGCUCACAACGGUGUUCAGGCGACGCAUAACAACGUCACCAGUUUGGGCGGUCUCGGCUGGUCGCCCUGGAAGAAACCGCGGCCGCGGCAGCACAAUAUUCCCAAGUACGACGAGAAUGUGUACGAUCUCUACGCGAUAUGCAAUCAUCACGGGCAGGAUCUGCAGGGCGGGCACUACACGGCGUUUUGCCGAAAUCCGUACGAUACGCAGUGGUACUGCUUCGACGACACACGCGUGGAAUCGGUCAACGACACGAAUCUGAUCACGAACGCGGCGUACAUGCUGUUCUACCAGCGGAGAGGCCUGUCCAAUAACUCCACGGGAAAUUCGUCCGCGGCGUCGACGAGCUCGGCUGGUUCCGGCCUGGAUCACUGGGUGUCGAAAAUGCCGCCGUUUUAUUUCAACAAUAAAAGCACCAGUGACGUAACGAACAAUAAGCAAAGUAAAUCGCAAGAGAUACUGUGCCAGGAGAAGAUCGUCGAGGAGAAGAACAUGACCAACUUCACCCGAGGAUGCGGCAAUUACGCGACUCUGCAGCCGAAGAAGAGGAACGCGGCGACGGAGACCGAUAUUGGGCAGAUCGAUCACUACUCAGACGACGAAGCGCCUUGCAGAAGAGAAUGGGCCUCCCCGAAACCUGUGCGAAAGACUUCAUCCAUCACGUUGACGCCACACAUACCGCCAGCAAUAAUUCAGACUGCUAGCAGUGAUCCAAAUACAACGGUGAUACACGAAUCCACGUUGUAACACACAAUAUAAGCCAGGCUGAGAGGUCUGGCUCGAGCAAUGCUCAAUGUACAGUGCCUGGUGUGCCGUGAUGUUUGAACAACAUCGAGUGGCGAGAUUAAAAAAGAAAAAGAAGAAAGAGACAAUUCCGAUAGAGUAUAUAAAUCCGUUAUUUUUCGAUUACUGGACGGGGGACGAUAUGCCGAGAAAUGACGAAAGGUCGUUCCUUCACCUCGAAUUUAUAUAUAUAUAAACGCUUUCUCAUAUGGACGCCGAAGUGGAUGACGGAUUUCAGCGGCGUGCUUCUCUUCGCGCAUGUUAUUUCGAGAGGUGUAAACAAAUCUACACCCCCUCCUCGCCCUUUCGAACGAUGAAUAGAAAUACGAGGCAUUAGUAAUUUUUGUAAUUGUAUUACCGUGUUUGUAUACAGCUCGCGUGGAUUGUAUUAUAUGAUAGCAGCUAAGAUAGCUUUUUAAAAGAAAGACAAAUCUUAUACUCAGUACAUGAAGAAUCGCGUAUAUUCUUAAGAGAAGGAAAGGAAAAAAACCUCUCUAGUGUUUAUAUUACACAGUUAGAUAUCUUGAAUGCAAUUCAAAUAGGCAUCUAAAUUCUACUUAUGUCCAGAGGAAGGGAAAAAGAUAUUUCCGGAGCGAUUUAGCGCAGUCGCAACGCGUCUAUAACGUCAUUAUGUCAAACGCAAACGUCACUCGUGUCAUCUUACAAUGAAAGUAUAUGACAAUAACGAAAA